GUUGAGGAUCAGUACACUUACACAUAAUCAACUCCAAAGUAAAAGAGAGAGAAAAAAAGAGAGAAUGGCCAUGGCAACUAAGUUAGUUUCUACUCUCGCCAUCUUUUCCGUCCUCGUUCUGGUCAUCUCUGGAAUGACCGGGACAGAAGCGCAUGAUGACGAGUGCCUGAAAGAAUACGGUGGUGAUGUUGGUUUCCAGCUCUGUGCGCCUCGGAUUUAUCCCUCGUUCUGUGUUCAAAGGUGCCGAUCGGAGAAGGGUGCUAAAGGUGGAAAAUGCAUCUGGGGAGAUGGCGUUGAUGUUAAAUGUUUAUGCGACUUCUGCGGCGAUGAAGUUACCGAACAGUACAUAAGACAAGUCUAGAUCUUGCAAAUGUCAUGGUUUGCGGAACGACCAAGGAUAGUAAUCCAAUAAAUAAAUGUAACGAUGGAAUAAAUAAAUAUAAAGCAACGCUAGACUUUGCUUUUGUGUUUU